UUGCAAUAUUGCCACUAAUAAAAUGGGGAAAAACAGCAGUUUCAAAUCGUACAAAAAGGCCGCGAUUAGGAUCGUUCACGGUGUAGUGGAAAUGAUUUUCCACUGGUUAUUCGGUUUAGUUUACGGGGGAAAACAGAAAACCAUGCCCCCCAUCAAGGAUCUUCUCUUGCUCGAAUCCGCUACUAGUCUUGCUCGUAAAAUUAGAACCGGAAAGGUUACCAGCGUGCAAGUUUUGCAAUCAUUCAUAGACAGAAUAAACGAAGUUAAUCCGAUUUUGAAUUGCGUGGUUGCCAAUAGAUUCGACGAAGCUCGAAAGGAAGCCCAAAAAGCCGAUGAAUUGAUUGCUUCCGGUGUUAUACCGGAGGAAAAACUAGCUCAGGAGAAGCCCUUCUUGGGCGUGCCAUUCACUACGAAAGAUUGCAUUCCCGUUAAAGGUCUAAUACACUCGUCGGGCUUGGUCAAACGCAAGCACAUCGUCGCCGAUGAGGACGCCGAAGUGGUGGCGAGUCUUCGACGAGCCGGAGCCAUUCCGAUCGCUCUAACCAACGUUUCGGAGCUGUGCAUGUGGUGGGAGAGCGCCAACAAAGUGCACGGCAGAUCGAACAAUCCGUACGGGGCGAAUCACAUCGUGGGCGGCUCGUCGGGCGGCGAGGGAUGCGCCCAAGCCGCCUCCGUAUCGGCUUUCGGCAUAGGCUCCGACAUCGGCGGUUCCAUUCGCAUGCCGUCCUUCUUCAACGGCAUCUUCGGCCACAAACCGUCCGCUCUGAUCGUCCCGAAUCACGGCAACUAUCCGCAACCGAAUUCCGACGAACAGAACCGGUUCCUCGGAUUGGGCCCGAUGUGUCGAAGGGCCGAAGAUCUGGCGCCCUUGUUGAAGAUCAUAGCGGGCGGCAAAAGCGCCAAAUUGAGAUUGGACGAGCCGGUCGACGUGAAAAAGAUCAAAUGGUACUAUCAGGACAACGAUACCGGCUCGCGAUUGGUGUCGCCGGUGGCGCCCGAAAUCAAAGAGCUCUUCGGCAAGGUGGCUAAGCAUUUGGAGAAGGCUUAUGGAAUUCAGGCGACGAAGGUCAACUACAGGAGAUUCUCGAAAAGCGGUCCGAUGUGGUUCGCCAAUAUGAAAACCUCGAACGGUCCGAAAUUUAACCAACACUUGGCCAAUUUAGACGGAGCGAUUAAUCCUUGGUUGGAGUUGGUAAAAUGGGUAUUUGGCAUGUCAGAGCACACUUUCAUCGGAAUCGUAACCUGUUUGGCAGAAAAGGGCGGUUGUCAAUACGGAGACGCCAAGUACGAUUACUUGGUGCAGGAGAGGAACAACCUGCGCCAGGAAUUACUGGAUAUCCUCGGCGACGACGGGGUGUUUCUCUAUCCCACUCAUCCGACAUCGGCUCCUUAUCACAACGAGCCCUUAAUAAAACCGUUCAAUUUUUCUUACACUGCUGUGAUAAACAUUUUGGGUCUGCCCGCUACCCAUUGCCCAAUGGGUCUGGAUAAAAACGGAUUGCCUAUAGGUCUGCAAGUGGUGGCUGGCGAUGGAAACGACAGGUUGUGCUUGGCUGUAGCCAGAGAAAUGGAAAAAGCCUUCGGAGGAUGGGUACCGCCCUCUAUACAGGCGUAAAUGAUUCUCUUUAUAUGGACAAUCAGUAGAGAUAAUUUGAUAGUUUUUCGAGUAUUUUUUUUUUUUUAGUGAAUUGGUUCAGUUCUACAUUAACUUUGUUAUAAAUGGCAUUUGUAAACGGUACUUUGUAUUUGUUUUUUAAUGUUUUAUACAUUUUUUGUAAUAACAUUCAGCGCCCCAUUUUAACCUUAAACACGACUUUAAGGUCGCGUCUUUAACUUAACGACAGUUUUACAUUGUUGUUAUGGAGUAACUAGGGAGAUUCUUUCAAUUGACAGUUUUACAUUGGUUGUUAUGGAGUAACUAAGGAGAUUCUUUCAUUUGACAGUUUUACAUUGGUUGUUAUGGAGUAACUAAGGAGAUUCUUUCAAUUGACAGUUUUACAUUGUUGUUAUGGAGUAACUA